UCCCUCCUUCAACCAAACCCAAAUCAAAACCCCUUUUUUCUCAGGAAAAAGAAAAAAAUCAAAGAUUUUAUCUUUACUUCAAAAAAAAAAAAAAAAAACUAACAAAGUUUUCACCUUUAUGUUGAAUUUGGGUAUAUGAAGGUUUGUUUCAUAGAAAAAAAAUUGUGGGGUUUGAGUUUUGAAGUCAUUUCUUGAUUACCCAACUUGGGUUUCUUGAAUUUUUGUUAAAAAAAAACCUUUCUUGAUUGAUUUUAGCCAUAAGAAGAAAUGAAAGGGGAUAGAAUGGCAAAAAAAUCAUCUCUUGGAAGCAUUGUGAGGAAGAGGUUAUCAGAUAUAACAAAUUCUCUUCCACAAACACAGCAAAAAUCUCCUAUUGAUGUCGAUAAGGUUUCUCCUGAUGUUUCUUCAAUGAAGGACUACAUUAAUCAUCUUGCCAAAGAAAAUGUUGCAUUGGUGAAAAUUGUUCAAGAAAAGAACAAGAUUAUAGAGCUGAGUGGACUUGAGCUUCAAAAAAUGAGGAUUCAUCUUCAAAAAAUGCAAUUACAAAACUGGAAUCUUGCUCAAUCGAAUAGUCAUAUGUUGGCGGAACUCAAUUUGAGCAGAGAUAAGAUGAAAUCGCUACAGCAUGAGCUGGUCUGCAAAGAAGUACUACUUAAAUCGCGGAAGUUAGAAGAGUUGCAGGAACAAGAACAACAAAAGGACAAGCCAACUAAUGACUUGCAGGAUGAAGAGUUUAUGGAUAUCGACUCUCAAUUGAACAAACAUAGCAAGCCUAAAAAUGGUAACAGACGCCAGCGUGCUACAAGAAGUCAAUCUAUGGGCCAUUCAACAACUUCUCAACAAGCUGCAGAAAAAGAAGCAGCAGAAAACAAAAGGCGAUGUUUGAGAAGGAAGUCUACUAAUUCCAAAAUCCAACAGCCAGAACCAGCAGCAGAGGACUUGUUUGAAUUAGAAGGCCUUGCUGUACCCUUUAACAGCCCGGUUCACAUUGAUGGUUUUGUUCCAUCGCCUUUAUCUGGCGUUGAGGAAGUGAAACAUGACAAGGAAAAUGUAGCUCAACUUUCACGAAGGUCUUCUAUUGGAAGACCAUCGCGUAAAGCAGCUGAAAAGGUCCAGUCCUACAAAGAGAUCCCAGUUAACAUCAAAAUGAGAAGAGCUGCAUGAGCUAUCUAGAGCUUGAAGAGAAUAUUUAACUCCAUAUAUGUAAUGUAAGCUGUUUUUAAUUCUAUGUUAACCUGUUUUAUUCUGUAUAUGGAUGUAUUUAAAACGUUUAAUGGCUAAAAACUAGUUCAAUCAUUUAACUUGGGAUCAUAUGGUUAGUUGUUUCUAAAGAGGAGCAAAGUUUUCCUUCA